AACAUCCGGCGUGAGGGGGGUGGUCUGUUGGAAGUUGCGGCAGAGCUGGGACCGGAGACCCGUGGACCCGGCGCAACGAUGGGGAUGGCCUGAGCUCCAGCCUCUCCCCCUGCCCGAGACCAGCGAGGCUGGAUACAUUUUUUAAAAAGCCAAACUGCAAACAACUCUGGCGAUGCCAAAUUUCCCCUCCAAGUGACACGGCUUUGCGAAGGAGGUUUCCUCAGCCUAGGCUCUUUCUUUUAUUCGCUCUGCCUUCCUCAGAGACGAUUAAAAGCUUUGCUCUGGUAAUAGGAAUUGGGGGAAAAAAAGAAAAGAAAAAGCUGUGUUAAACUACCGUGACCUCAAACUCUUCGGACUUUUUUUUUUUUUUUAAUAUUGAAAGAAAAUUCAUCCUACAACAGAAUCAGCAUAGGAGGAGAUGGAAGUUUUCCCCUUGCUCUUGGUUUUGUCCGUCUGGUGGUCUCGAACCUGGCACUCGGCGAAUGCGGAUUCGAUCAUUCACAUCGGAGCAAUUUUUGAUGAAUCUGCCAAAAAGGAUGAUGAGGUGUUUCGCACAGCAGUUGGUGACCUCAACCAGAAUGAGGAGAUCUUACAGACUGAGAAAAUCACAUUUUCGGUGACAUUUGUUGAUGGCAACAAUCCUUUUCAAGCAGUUCAAGAAGCUUGUGAGCUUAUGAAUCAAGGCAUCUUGGCCCUGGUCAGCUCCAUUGGCUGCACAUCUGCAGGGUCCCUCCAGUCUUUGGCAGAUGCCAUGCAUAUUCCCCACCUCUUCAUCCAGCGCUCAACAGCUGGGACCCCAAGGAGUGGCUGUGGACUCACCCGGAGCAACAGGAAUGAUGACUACACUCUCUCUGUUCGCCCACCUGUCUACUUAAACGACGUUAUCCUGAGAGUUGUCACAGAAUACGCCUGGCAGAAAUUCGUUAUAUUUUAUGACAGUGAAUAUGAUAUCCGUGGAAUACAGGAAUUUUUGGACAAAGUGUCUCAGCAGGGGAUGGAUGUUGCACUUCAGAAGGUAGAAAACAACAUCAAUAAAAUGAUCACCACCCUCUUUGAUACCAUGAGAAUAGAGGAAUUGAAUCGCUAUCGAGACACUCUUAGGCGAGCCAUCCUUGUUAUGAAUCCAGCCACAGCCAAAUCCUUCAUUACCGAGGUUGUGGAGACGAAUUUGGUUGCUUUUGACUGUCACUGGAUCAUUAUAAAUGAGGAAAUAAACGAUCUGGAUGUACAGGAACUUGUAAGACGGUCAAUUGGAAGGUUAACGAUUAUUCGACAGACAUUUCCAGUCCCCCAGAAUAUAAGUCAGCGAUGUUUCCGUGGCAAUCAUCGGAUAUCUUCAACGUUGUGUGAUCCAAAGGAUCCAUUUGCUCAGAAUAUGGAGAUUUCAAACCUUUACAUAUAUGACACAGUGCUUCUGCUUGCUAAUGCUUUUCACAAGAAGCUGGAGGACCGGAAGUGGCACAGCAUGGCCAGCUUGUCAUGUAUCAGGAAGAACUCCAAGCCCUGGCAGGGCGGGCGCUCCAUGCUGGAGACCAUCAAGAAGGGUGGAGUUAGUGGCUUGACUGGAGAGCUGGAAUUUGGAGAAAAUGGAGGCAAUCCCAAUGUCCACUUUGAAAUUCUUGGAACCAACUAUGGAGAAGAGCUUGGCCGAGGUGUUCGCAAACUUGGGUGCUGGAAUCCUGUCACAGGGCUGAAUGGGUCGCUGACUGACAAGAAACUGGAGAAUAACAUGCGUGGAGUGGUUCUACGUGUGGUGACUGUUCUGGAAGAACCUUUCGUAAUGGUUUCUGAAAAUGUCCUGGGUAAGCCGAAGAAAUACCAGGGCUUCUCCAUUGAUGUUUUGGAUGCCUUAUCUAACUACCUGGGUUUCAACUAUGAAAUUUAUGUUGCACCAGAUCACAAGUAUGGAAGCCCACAAGAAGAUGGGACAUGGAAUGGCCUGGUAGGAGAGCUAGUGUUUAAGAGAGCCGACAUAGGGAUUUCUGCUUUAACCAUUACCCCAGACCGUGAGAAUGUGGUGGAUUUUACAACGCGUUACAUGGACUACUCAGUGGGAGUCCUACUUCGAAGGGCUGAAAAGACAGUGGAUAUGUUCGCCUGUCUUGCACCAUUUGAUCUCUCUCUAUGGGCUUGCAUUGCUGGCACAGUCCUGCUGGUUGGUCUGCUGGUCUACCUCUUGAAUUGGCUUAAUCCUCCUCGAUUACAAAUGGGAUCAAUGACGUCUACUACUCUCUACAACUCCAUGUGGUUUGUGUAUGGAUCCUUUGUACAGCAAGGUGGGGAAGUCCCAUACACAACUCUGGCUACCCGAAUGAUGAUGGGGGCUUGGUGGCUGUUUGCUUUGAUUGUCAUCUCCUCUUAUACAGCAAACCUUGCUGCUUUCCUCACUAUCACCCGCAUUGAAAGCUCCAUCCAGUCUCUCCAGGACCUUUCCAAGCAAACCGAUAUCCCUUACGGGACGGUCCUGGACUCUGCAGUGUAUGAGCAUGUUCGCAUGAAGGGAAUGAAUCCUUUCGAGAGGGACAGCAUGUACUCCCAAAUGUGGCGGAUGAUCAACCGAAGCAACGGAUCAGAGAAUAACGUUCUGGAGUCCCAAGCCGGCAUUCAAAAGGUAAAAUAUGGAAAUUAUGCUUUUGUAUGGGAUGCUGCUGUACUGGAAUACGUGGCUAUCAAUGACCCAGACUGCUCCUUUUACACCGUUGGGAAUACCGUUGCUGAUCGAGGAUAUGGAAUUGCAUUGCAACAUGGCAGUCCUUACCGAGAUGUUUUUUCGCAAAGGAUCCUGGAGCUUCAGCAGAAUGGGGACAUGGACAUCCUGAAGCACAAAUGGUGGCCCAAGAACGGCCAGUGUGACCUGUACUCCUCAGUGGACACGAAGCAGAAAGGAGGUGCCCUGGACAUAAAGAGCUUUGCAGGAGUUUUUUGCAUCCUGGCUGCUGGAAUUGUCCUCUCCUGCUUUAUAGCCAUGCUGGAGACGUGGUGGAACAAGAGGAAAGGCUCCAGGGUCCCAUCAAAAGAGGAUGACAAGGAAAUUGACCUGGAGCACCUCCAUAGACGUGUAAAUAGCUUGUGCACAGAUGACGACAGCCCCCAUAAACAGUUUUCCACCUCGUCAAUUGACUUGACCCCUCUGGACAUUGACACUUUGCCAACACGACAAGCACUGGAGCAAAUCAGUGAUUUCAGGAACACUCAUAUUACCACCACCACCUUUAUCCCAGAGCAGAUCCAGACUCUUAGCCGCACACUGUCAGCUAAAGCUGCCUCUGGUUUCGCUUUUGGCAACGUGCCUGAGCACCGAACUGGCCCUUUUAGGCACAGGGCACCUAAUGGGGGCUUUUUCAGGAGUCCUAUAAAAACAAUGUCAUCUAUUCCUUAUCAACCAACUCCUACCCUGGGGCUCAAUCUGGGCAAUGAUCCAGACCGAGGCACCUCCAUAUGAGCCGCAAAAAAAAAUCUCUUCACUGUUUCUUUGGUAGGACUCCCUUUGCAAGGAGCGACUGUAAUAUUGUGGGACUAACAUGGAUGUAACUUUUUUUUUUUAAUCAGGAUUCUUAGUAACAAUUCUAGUUCUCUCUCUACCUUCUCCCUCCUCCCUCUCCUCGAUUUCUUUCUCUCUCUUUUUCCCUCUCUUCCAGUACAUUUCCCUACACUUCUUUUCAUUAGUCAACUUGUUCCCCCAGCAGGUAGUAUGCUAGGAUCUUAUUAGUCCGCACUUCAUAUACUGUACUUCAAGUAUAGGAAACGUGCACUGAGUAUACUCAGAGUAUAUGCAGGAUGAAUUUUGCAUAAAGGCCUCUUCUGUAACAUUUCUGUUUUUAAAAAUAUAAUUGCAAUAACGUCAGUCUUUCAUCAUCCUUCAGCUGCACCCCAACAACGCUCCACUGCUGUUGAGUGUCCUUUAACUGUGGACCAAAGGCAACCCCUGCAGUGUUUAUAGAAUAAUUUCCAGAUCAUUCAGGCCACAUAUUAUGAGAAUGCAAUUUUGUAGGAUUACAAAAAAGCCAUCAAUAUGCCAGUCAAGACUACAGUUAAAACUACUCUUGCACUGCAACAGUGCAUAUGACCUUUAUGUGAUUGUACAGUAUUAAAAGUUUUUUCUUAUGUACAGUAAACUUAUCAUACGGCAGCAGCCUCUAUUGUGUUAAAUAAAUUAGUAUCUCAUCUAUAUAUACAUAUAUAUGCACCUAUAUAAUGUGUAUAUAUAUAUUAAAAGGCGGCCAUUGCUAUUGCAAUUCAUUUAAUAAAGCUUUAGUUUAAAAAAAGAAGUAUUGUAUACAGGAACUAUGUAUAGUGCAGGGGGUCUUUUCAGUUAGAAAAGGCAGGUUGCUUUAAUGUUAUUCUGACUCGCAUCGUUUGCCAACAGAAAAUAUUUUGUACUUUUGUUAUUAAAACAUCCAGGGCGAUUUAAUAUGUGUUCCUAGAUGUGACUCAUUUGAAUAGGUUCUGCAUUUGUUAGUCAGCCGUGUAUAAAGCUAACCUUGAUCAUUUUACUUUUAAUUAAUUAUCUGAAUGGAAAAAUGCUAUUAGCUAAACCACGUCCACCACAGCACAUAGAGCUCUAUACGAGUUUAAGCGUAGAUCAUUGAAGGUGAAGAAAUUCUCUUCCAAAGCAGUAAGCCAAUCAAUACAACUGUAGCUGGGGAGAGAUGGGAGCCCUUAAGAAAUAUUGAUGUGGCCUUAAUUACUGUCCUACAUUAUCCUAAAGAAGAAAACAGAAUAACCACGCUGGGCUCUCAACUUAACCCCCUUUUUUAUUCAGUUCUAUUUGGAGGAGUUACGUAUUUUUUACAUUAGUGCCAAGCGUAUAAAAGAAUGACAACAAAAAACAGUGCCUCUUUGUGCACAACCCUUUUGAAGUAGCGUUCUUACCUGUUAGAAACGUAGGCUGAACUUUGUAAUCCUUAAAUUAAAGUGUGGUUAAGUAGGAAGCAAGAACUUAUCCUGUGUUUUUACGUAGCCAUAUCCUUAUUUUAAUCUAAUUCAUUCCGUGGCUAGGAUUGAUAUAGGAAUCAACCUAUGUGAUUUGCUUUAGGAGAAAUUAAAAGGUAUAUUCUUAAGGUAUAUUAUAUUUUGAUGCUAAUUCUGUUCUGGGGAGCAUCUUGUACUGUCACUGUUUUUGUACUAAAUCUUCAAAUAUUGUCUACUGUGUAAGGCAGAAAAAUUUCUUAUCAUGCAAAAAGCAUUUUGUUUCCAGGGCAACAGUAACUAAGUGCAUGCACAACUUGUUUUCCCUUGUAACAUUUAUGAUCUCAUUCACGACUCUGAUUUUAAAACAAAAAAAAUCUUUACAACGAGCUAUAUAGGGACAUACCAGAUGUUGCAGUGAUUUUAGCUAUCAACAAACUGUUAACCAUGUACAAUAUUUAAAAUAGGCCUAUUUUGAUGUUAUCGCCUAUUAUACAAAUACACAAAACACUUUUUGGAGGCCUCAGUUACGAGUGGCAGAGCUUUCUGUGUA